AUGUCGAGCACCUAUAGACUCGGUCCCUACUGGCAAGGCUAUGGCGGCAUUAAAAAGCUAGUCAUCUUUGGUGACUCCUACAGCUAUGUUGGCUACCAUUCACAAGCACCCCCGCCAACGGCGGCGAGACCGCUCGGUGUCCCGUUUCCAGGCGUCCCUGUCAAUGAACCCGGACAGUCCAACUGGGUUGGGCACCUCAUCACGUCGCACUCCCAUGGACAGGCCAAUAUACUGGUAUAUGACUACGCCGUGCGGGGUGACACUGCCCCCGGUGUCAGGCGUCAGAUCCUGGAGCAAUUUCUUCCUACCGUCGGAAGGAAGCCACGAUGGGCUUCCUGGACUGCCGCGGAGACCUUAUUUGUGACUUGGGUUGGCACCAACGACUGCCGGCUGCUGUGCGUAGAAAUUCAAGAGAUCGUCAGAAAUCUUUUUGCUGCGCAAGAACAACUCUAUCGAGCGGGAGCCAGAAAUUUCGUAUUUAUUGAUGUGCCUCCUAUCCACCGCUCCCCUGUAGGCCCUAUCGAUGGUAACAACACUUUCGCUCAACCGUUCUUGAUAUGGAACGAAGAACUACGAUCGGCAGUUGCUAAUUUCACUGCACUACAUCCCGAUGUCACGUCUAUGGUAUUCUCAUCCUGGGGAACCUUCAGUAGUGUACUCGAUACCCCGACGGCAUACGGGAUGCGUGCUCAGGACACUCGUGUGAUGGGAGGCACCAUCUGGUACGAUCAUAUACAUCCAUCCACCAGGCUCGCUAGCGUAGUUGCCCGUGACUUAGCCGCGUUCUUGGCCAUGCAGCCACCCACUGCUUGA